AUGGCCGACGAGAGGAAAUUCAGUGAGUUGGAGCUGACGAAGCAGAUUAUUGUCGAUUCAAUGGCUUUGUUGGAAUAUUAUGCGAAGGAGUUCGACAAGGACAGUAAGUUUGCGGGCCAAGUAGAAGCGUGGGCGGAAAAGUUGGAGAAAUUUUACGACGAGUUUCACCGGACGGUGGUGAAAUUGGAGAUGUUUUCCACCGAUAAGAAGCCAAUCGACCUGAAAAAGGAACGGCAGUUGUUCGACGGUCGCUAUUAUGCUCUUCGGUCCUUCUACUUGGCCAAACUGGCGAAGAAAAUACGUUCUCCCCCUUCUGCCAACCCCGCACCAUCGAGACCAAUGAACAUCAGGCUUCCGGAGCUUAACCUACCCAAGUUUAGCGGUAAGUUGGAAGACUGGUGUGUUUUUCGCGAUUCGUUUGAAUCCGCUGUAGGUUCCCGGAGCGACAUCAGUGCGGUCGAGAAGAUGCACUAUCUGAAGGGCCUCGUUCAAGGAGAGGCAGCGCGCAUUCUCGACCCUAUCAAAAUAAGCGAGCAGGGCUACAAGGACGCUUGGCGAACGUUGCGGCUGCGUUUUGAGAACAACCGGCAGUUAAUCAAGUGUCACAUUCGGACGCUUUUCGACACUCCAGUGAUGCGCAAGGAAUCAGCUGAAGAUCUGCUUGCGCUGAUCGAUCGCUUCGAGCAGCAGAUAUCCGUUCUGAAGAGCUUGGGUGAACCAGCCGACCGAUGGAGCUCUAUCCUGGUUUACCAGCUAUCUAUACGCCUCGAUCCUUGUACGCUCCGGGAAUGGGAGAACCACUGUAGCAAACUCGAUGCUGACAACAUCGCUUCGGUUCUGGGAGGAACCGCCGGCACAUCAGAGGACACAAGCACUGGUGCGUCAACUUCAAUGCCAUCAUACGUGACGAUGGUAAACUUCCUCCAGAACUACGCUCGAGUUUUGCAAGCAGUUUCUUCAGCCACUUCGAACACCGCUCCUCCUCGCAGCAAGCCAAAUCCGACAUCCAAGCUAGCAGCCUUUCCAGUCGCAGCUACACAGCAAACUGCAGUAUCCAGUACACCCUCUUCCAGCGCCAGCAAGCCGAAGCCGUGCGACAAGUGCGGUGAGAGUCACUACCUGUACAGCUGUCCGGAAUUUCGGAAACUCAACCUUCGCCAACGGAUAGAUCUGGUAAGACAGAAAAACCUUUGCAUUAACUGUUUGAGAUCGAGUUCCCAUUAUGCCCGGAACUGUUCUGGGUCAAGAUGCCGUACAUGUACCAAGAAGCACCACACGCUUCUUCAUACUGAGCCCUCUGACGACAAUCCCGCUUCUGGUCAAGCCACCGGAUCAACUUGCUGUGUUGCCCUCCAGCCGACUCUCACCGCAGCAUCUGCGCUGCAUGCUCCAAACUCACUGUCACCCCAGUCUGUUUCGCAAGCUCCCAUCCAGCAACCGUCUACCUCUACCUCAAUCGCAAACUUAUCCCACAUUCAUGCGCCUUCCAUGAGUUCUCAGACUGCCCUCGUAUCACAUACUGGUGAAGUGAUUCCUGGAACCGUUUUCCUUCCGACUGCGCUAGUGAACAUCCGUAACGGUAGAGGUCGCAUCGUCACUGCUCGUUGCUUGCUGGACUGUGCUUCCCAACGCAACUUUGUUUCUGGGGCUCUUUGCGAACGACUGCAGCUUCCUCGCAUCCGAUUGCCGCAUGCUAUCCCGAUAAGCGGAAUCGGAAACACUACAACGCUGGUUGAAUACCAGGCCACGAUAACCAUCUUCUCUCGAGUCACUCCCUUCUCCGUACAAUGCUCCAUGCUCGUUCUGCCUUCCAUUACCGUCAAGCUGCCCCAGUCGACGAUAGAAGCCCGCCACUGGCCGAUUCCAAAGCACGUGGAGCUUGCAGAUCCAACAUUCGCUGUUACUGGCGACAUCGACAUGAUUCUGGGUGCCGCCCAUUUCUUCCAAAUUCUUCGAUACGGCAGGAUAUCGCUCGGGGAAGAGUUACCGCUUCUGCAGAACACAGAGUUCGGUUGGGUCGUCUCCGGAGAGUGUUUAUUGGAAAACCACGAUCACAGCGAUCCACGCAAGUGCCAGUUCAGUAAUCCCUGCACAAUCGAUGAAUUGGUCAACCGAUUCUGGCAGCUCGAAGAAGUCCACGAUGCAAAGGGAUGGUCUCCGUCGGAACGAUACUGUGAGGAACAUUUCUUGAAGAACACCACCCGCAACUCCGAAGGCCGCUACGUCGUCAAGCUGCCCAAGCGUGACGAGCUGCUUUGGCAGUUAAAGGACAACAAAUACAACACCACCCGCCGCUUCUUCUCUCUACAACGCUCACUCGGUGCGAGUCCCGAUAAGAAGGCGAUGUAUCAGCAGUUCAUCCACGAGUACGUGAGAUUGGGACAUAUGCGGGAGAUUGGCCCCGAUGAAAUCGACGCGCAACCGCAAUACUACCUUCCACACCACGCUGUGAUGAAACUCGACAGCACCACUACAAAGCUUCGUACCGUAUUCGACGCAUCAUGCCGCUCGAAGUCCGGUAUCUCGCUGAACGAUGUCCUGCUUCUUGGUCCCACAAUCCAGGACACUCUCGUGACGAUUGUCCUCCGUUUUCGAAUCCACCAGUUCGUGAUAUCUGCGGACAUUGAAAAAAUGUACCGGCAGAUUUUGGUCCAUCCCACCGACCAACCGCUGCAGCGAAUUCUCUGGCGCGACGAUCCCGAGGCUCCACUGAAGAGCUACCAGCUCCGCACCGUCACAUACGGCACAAGCAGUGCUCCAUUUUUGGCAACUAGGGUGCUGCAGAAGCUCGCCGAUGAUGAAGGGCAACAUUUUCCGCUGGCGGAACCCGCUGUCCGCCACGACUUCUACGUCGACAAUUUGCUGUCCGGUUCUGACGAUGCUGAAUCUCUCGCCGUUACCUGCAACCAGCUCAUUGCAAUGCUCGCCUGCGCAGGACUUCCUCUCCGACAAUGGUCUUCGAAUUGUCAAGCUAUUCUUGAUACCAUUCCGUUGGAGCUCCGAGAGACGAAAACACUACUCGAUUUGGACCACGAGUCCUCCGUGACUGCACUUGGCCUCCGCUGGGAACCGUCGACCGAUUUUCUUUCGUUCAAGACGCCGAAUUGGAAGGAAUGCACGGUUCUGAACAAACGAACGAUCCUCUCUCAGAUCAGCAGUCUUUUCGACCCCUUAGGUUUGAUUGGACCGACCAUUGCAAAGGCGAAAAUCAUGCUGCAGAGUCUUUGGAAACUCCAUCUCGACUGGGACACACCCGUGGCUAACGGAUUCGCUCACGAAUGGCAGGAAUUUCACCAGAAGCUUUCAGCACUUGCCCACCUUCGAGUUUUUCGCCAUGUGUUACGUCCGGGUUACGACCGCUUGGAGAUUCACGGGUUCAGCGACGCUUCAGAGUCUGCAUAUGGCGCAUGCAUCUAUCUCCGGUCAAUACCUGCCGAGGGCCCUUGUACAGUUCGCCUGGUGAUUUCUAAGUCCAAGGUCGCUCCGAUGGGGACUCAAACCAUUCCACGCCUCGUGCUAUGCGCAGCUCAACUCCUGUCCAGACUUCUUAAACAAGUUCAGGACAGCAUCGACAUAACCGCCACCACAUAUCUAUGGACCGAUUCUUCCAUCGUCUUGAACUGGAUAUCCGCAACUCCAUCGACAUGGAAGACGUUCGUAGCCAACCGAGUGGCUGAAAUCCAAGAGCUGACGUCUCACGCCGUUUGGAAUCACGUCCCAUCCGAAGACAAUCCCGCCGAUCUCGUUUCUCGAGGAAUGGACCUCGAUGAACUCCUCGCUAGUGCACUGUGGUGGAACGGACCGCAGUGGCUAAAACCAAUAUUCGCUCCUUGGCCAGCGAAGUACGUCGUCGUAGCGACCUCAAACUUAGACCAACCGGAGGUCCGACAGACUAUUGCCCUUCCGGUCGUGAGCGUAGAACCGUCAGAUAUCGUCGAUCGCUAUUCCAAUCUUCGUCAGCUACUUCGGAUCGGCACACUUCUUCGGCGUUUCGCCGCUAACUGCCUUCACCGGAAGAAUCACCAACCAAUUCUUGUCGGCCCGUUGACGGCUCUUGACAUUGAUCGCACUCUGCUCAAUCUGGUCCGUCGCAUACAACAGCAGUACUUUGCCAACGAGAUACGCCAACUUGAAACCGUCGGAAAAGUAAACCGUAAAUCCAAGCUACGGUAUCUGCACCCGACACUCGUAGACGGCAUUAUUCGUGUCGGCGGCCGGCUUCACAAUGCUGCAAUACCUGUCGACGGAAGACACCCGAUCGUCCUCCCCAAACAUCGUCUCACCGACAUGAUCGCCACGAGAGAACACCAUAAGACGCUCCAUGCCGGUCCCAGCUUACUACUAUCCUCGUUGCGCCAAAGAUUUUGGCCCCUCGGCGGACGGAACUUGGUUCGCAACAUUGUUCACGGCUGCAUGGUAUGCGCACGUGCCAAACCCAAGCCGUUGCAGCAGCUGAUGGGGGAUCUGCCAUCUGUUCGGGUCAACCAGGCGUACCCGUUUCAGAAUGUUGGCGUUGACUUGGCUGGGCCAAUGUACGUGAGAACGUCACUCCGAAAUAAGAGAUCGCCAUUCUUCAAAGCCUACAUCACCGUAUACGUAUGUAUGGCUACCAAAGCCGUGCACUUGGACCUUGUGUCGGAUCUGACCACUAGCACAUUCAUUGCGAGCCUGCGAAGAUUUGUCGGCCGUAGAGGAAAGCCUGCGCAUAUCUACUGCGAUAACGCCACGAACUUUGUUGGAGCACAGCGAGAACUGGAAGAACUGCGGAAGCUUUUCCGAACUCAAGUUCACCAAGAUGCCGUAGCAAACGAAUGCGCAGACAACGGAAUACAGUUCCACUUCAUCCCACCUCGCUCUCCCACAUUCGGUGGAAUCUGGGAAGCCUGCGUGAAAUCCGUGAAGACCCUGCUUCGCAAAAUCCUCGGAAAUGCCCACCUAACCGAAUCCGAGCUGCAAACCGCAUUGAUUCAGGUCGAGUCAAUGCUAAACUCUCGCCCAAUCACGCCGUUGCCGGACAAUCCAUCCGAUGAGCUUGCUCUGACUCCAGGACAUUUCCUGAUUGGUCGUCCGUUGAAUGCGGUACCUGAUCCAGAUUGCCGUGAAGUUCCUGAAUCCAGGUUGUCUCGAUGGGAACGAGUACAACAGCUAACUCAGCAUUUCUGGAGUCGUUGGCACAAGGAGUAUCUCGCCACCCUGCAAAGUCGCUACCGCUGGACAGAAGCCAUGGACAAUCUAGCCGUUGGUUCCAUCGUCGCUCUCAAAGAUGAGAGAGCACCGCCGUUGAAAUGGCCCCUGGGACGCGUGCUCAGCGUUCAUCCCGGCCCUGACGGCCUUGUUCGUGUCGCCACCGUGAAGUCGACCUUCGGCAUCGUUCAACGCGCCAUCCCGAAGCUCUGCUUACUUCCAGUUGAAGUAGCGCCACCCAUCGUAGCACAGAGUCCCGCACCAAUUAGCAGCCCUACGUCAACAACGCCAAAUGAAGGCCCUUGCUCAGGGAACCGAGCCGCCGGACGAGAUUCCGGCCCUUGCUCAGGGAACAGAGCCGCCGGACGAGAUCCCGGCCCUUGCUCAGGGUACAGAGCCGCCGGACGAGCUCCCGGCCCCUACUCGGGGAAAUGA